AUGCAAAAGGUAGCGGCCGGCUACCAUGCUACCGUCUUCGCAUAUGGCCAGACAGGAUCCGGCAAGACGUAUACCAUGGAGGGCUACCGCUACAGACCGGAUGCGAAGGCUGCGGAAGCCGGCAAGCCCCAGGUCUGUGUCCACACCACCACCCCCGAGCGAUUGGGAGUGAUACCUCGCGUGCUGCAAAAGCUCUUCGGGUAUGUCGAGAAGCUGCAGCGAGAGGUCGAUGAUAACGGUGAGACGUUCAGCGUGAGCAUCUCCUUUCUGCAGAUCUACCAGGAACGAAUCUACGAUCUGCUGAAUCCAGCGCCGGUUCUGCCGCAGGGCUUCGGUCAGGCCGAGGACAGCGGCUUACGGCUACGCUGGGAUGCAGCGGGGGAGCACUUCUAUGUGGAGAACCUCUUCGUGUACCAGUGCACCUCGGCGGAAGAUGCGUUGAAAUUCUACAACGCCGGAGUCCAGCGUGCCCCGGUUAUGGGCGCCCAAUCCGCUAAAGCGAAACCUCCGCGAGUGCUGAAUGGGACGAUUGGGUCCUAUGGAUCAAUGGGUCCCAUGAUGAUGGACGGCGAGAUAAGGGGACCGCCGUCGGUGCCUGAAUCGCAGAGAGAAGGUGCAUCUAGAGAUGUUGGAAGGGCCGAACAAGGGCCUGGAGUGGCGUCACUACGAGCGGCAGCCGGGAGGGUCAUGGCGACUGUGGCUGCGAAGGUUCAAGGGGCGAUGCCACCUUCCGGCAAGACUGGAAGUGCAUCUUCGUUUCUGGGACAGGACGAUGGUGGGUCAGCUGGGACGUUGGGUUCUGGAUAUGUGACAGCGGGUUCAGAGAAUCUACGGGAGCAUCCCUCUUCGAGUGGAGGCCAAGAGGCAGCAGAGCCAGGUCUGUUCUCACCUCAGCAGGCACAAAGGCUGCGUGAGAUGCAGAGUGAAGCGCCGCUGCUGUAUGCUGGCGAGGAGAAUGAGCCACGGCCGACGAGUCCUUCGCCUCCUUUGCCUCACUCGACGAGUUCAGGUUCUGACCAAGCGGAUGCUAUCCAAGCUGAAGUGAAGAGGCAAAUGCAAACGUUCAUGCGUGUACAGGCAGAGCUGCAACAGAAAGUGACGGUGUUAGUAGAAGAGAAUCAAGUGUUGCGGCAGGACCUGGAAGCGAUGGAUGACGAGGCUUACGGAUCUAGGGGGAUCAAUCUUGUGCGUGCUUCUCUCCACUUGGACACCCAACCUACCACAAGUAAAGUGGGAGAGUACUAUGAGCACUUGCUAGUUGAGCUAGAGGCUGUGUCACGGGUCUCAGAGGUGCCACCAGUCCCAACACCAAGUGCAAAGGCCGAGGCCAACAAGAGCGUUCGCCAGGUUGAGGCUAAGGCACAGGGAGCAGGCGACACAACUCCAGGUGCAAAGGACCCGAAGGGUUUCAAGGGUGGAGGUAUUCCAGCGUCCUCGGAUUCUCCCAAGAAGUUGUGCAAGUGGUUCCAUGAAGGAAAAGGGUGUAAGAGGGGCAAGGAGUGUCGUUUCUUGCAUGAUUGGAAUCAGAUUCCAAAACCAGAUCGCGCUGAACGUUGCAUGGCCUGUGGGGCAAAGGGACACCGAAAGGACGUAUGCCCCAACGCUCCAGCAGGGGCUGUGGCAAAGAGAGACGACGGCGCAAGCUCGGCGAAGGCUGCAAAGGCUGAAGGUCAGGCCAAGGCCAAAGGUGCAGACCCAGGCUUGAAGAAGGUGCUCUCAGAGGCAGCUGGAGUUCUGAGGGAUGUGUUGUCUUCGCAAUCUACCAGCACCGAAGGCAACUCGCAGGUCCCGACAGAUCAGACCCGGGGUCAAGCCUCAACAGCUUCCGGAGACCAUCUCGGCCAAGGCGGUGAGUCACCUAUAGCGGCAGCAGCCAAAAUUCAGGCACAGCCUGAAAGCCUUGAAUCGCGCCUCUCAGAUCAAGGGCCCCGUAUUCGCGCUAUCCAUGCCGGCACCUUGAGCCAGGAGGAGCCAACAGCUUUGUUGGAUUCGGGUGCAACGCAUGCUGUGCUUGAUUCCUCGUCAGUGAGAAGUACCGACCUUAUCCCGUGUACUGUGUCGCUUGCUGGUGAUCAAAAACAAGUUUGGCACCAAACACCCGGGGGUUCGCUGGUUGCUCCAGAGAACAAGGAAGGAAGUGUGUCGCAGACCAUACUCCCGUUGGGAUGCCUCAUCGAACAGCUUGGUUGCACAGUGCGUUGGUCUCACAAAUCUGGCCUUCAUUUGAUUCACCCUCGAUUGGGAAGGCUGAAAACCAGCUUGAAAAGCGGAUGUCCACAGCUUGGUAAGGAGCAAGCGUUGCAGCUCGUCAAAGAGCUAGAAGGGGCCAGACUUCAAGAGCUCUCUGGGAGGCUACGAAGGGUCCAAGCUCAGUUGAAAGUAGCAGGUGGCAUGCGGUUCGAAGAAGCAUUGGACGCAUUUGUGACCAAGGGAAGCUAUGGUACCGCACUUGCCUUUGCGCGCUUCAUGCCCUUCCUUAGCGAUGUUCCAGAGCGUGUUACCAACCGUUUGGUGGUUGAUUUGCAAGACGCAGUUGGUUGGGAGGCUCUGAAGGGUCUGCCUUUCAACCGGGCUACCAGGAAGAAGCUUCACCAGUCGCAUGCUUGGUUGUUGCACUUGGGCACCAACAAAGUUGAUCCGACCUUGAGGCAGUUGUGCAAGGCGCAACACCUUGAGCUCGUUGAGCUUGACAAUACGCUCGGUGGUACUCUUGAGUCGGGCGUAUGGAAGGCAUUGUCCUGGGCAGCUUUCACAGGUCGUGUCGCAGGGAUCCUUUGUGACGCUCCAAUGAGAACGUGGAACUCGGUGAAGGUUAAUGGUACGUCUUGCGUUCAGCUGCGGAGUCAGGAGCAUUUGUGGGGCGAGCCUAGCAAUAGUGAUGGGAUGCAAACUAGGGUUGAUGAUGACACUGUGCUAGGACUCCAACCGAUGUGGCUAUGGACACUUGCAUCGCUCGCGAGGGGGGAAGGUGUUCCUUUCUGUCAAACCCAUGUGCUGCAGGGUGAGUCCCGUUCAUCGCCUUGGCUGGGGGCUGUCGUGAAUCCUUUUGCCGAAUGGAGCAACAGCACAAAGUUUGAGGUUCCGGGGGUGCAUGAAGGUAUCCGGCAAACAAAGCCCUUCCAGGUGUGCACCAACCUAGGUUUUCCGUCUACCGGGGUGAGAUCCCUAUCUGGGAGGUCUCGCACAGACGACGUGCCUGUAGAUCCCGAGUGGCCCACUGCCUUCAAAAGCGAGCUGAGUUUAGCACUGUUUGGGUUGGCGGCAUCAAGGCAGGCUGAGGAGGAGCCCACUUCAGUGAAAGUUGUAGAAGCGGCAGAUGCAUAUCUGUUGUCAGAUCCAACGAGGCCUGCAGGUCCUGUGUCUUUCAAGCCUCCUGUGCCAGAGGUUCAAGCUGUCGAUGGUGAGCUGCUAAGGGAAUCGGAUGAAGUCCCAGUUCCACCCCCAAGGGCAGAAGAAGAAUGUCUUGAUCAGUGUGUAGACAGCAGUGCAGGUGCAUGUGUGCAGGCAUCGUCCAGUGCCACAGGUGCAAAGGAAGGUACCAAGGCUAAGAAAGGAAGUGUAGCUGCGCGUAUGACAGAGGCCGAACGUGAACGGUGGCGCAAGCACAUUGCUGCUCAUCACAUUCCGUUCAGAAAGGACUGUAUACAGUGUGUGAUGUCGGGGUCUCUGGGGCUACAACAUCGACGUGUCAAAUGCCCCACCAUGUAUGCAUUAGCUUUUGACCUAGCGGGACCAUUCAAAGAACUAGGCCGAGACGACCGUGGUGGGAAAUACAAGUAUGUACUUGUAGCUGGUCUCCGUGUGCCUGAUGCUGCGUUGCCUUCGCCAAGGCACGACAAAGGCGCACCAGCAAGUGAACCACAGCCUCCAGAGGCUCAGGCUGAGGUGUGUGGUGGCCUAGAGCAAGAUGACGAUGCAGCCUCCGAAGCCAGUUGGUUACGAGAGCAGCUAGAACCGACGCCUGUUGUGAAGAAGGUCGGUGAAGAUGACUCAUCAUCUCAGGAGGAGGAUGAAGGCUCACAGGUAGGCUGGUAUGAAGCUCCUUUUGUUGAUGAGGCAGAAUGCUCUGGUGUGGAGGCGGCUGUUGAAGCAGAUGAUGAGCCCGGGGUAGAGGGUGGUGUCGGUUUGGACGUUGAUCCUUGGGAAGAUGUUGGGGGUUUCGGUGAGAUGACCGAUGAGAAGUUUGAUGAAGCCCUCUCUGAGAUGUUGUUCUCAGGUGCCAACAAGGUCUUGAGGUUUGCAGUGCCCUUGAAGGCUAGAAAGGGUCCGCUGAUCCUUGCAGGCCUGCAAGAAAUCGUCACGGAGUGCAACCGCCUCGGCUACCCAGUGAAAGUUGUCCAUACAGACCGAGCCAAGGAACUUAUGUCCAAGGCCACCAUGGAUUGGCUUCAGUCCAAUCUCAUCCAGCCCUCAUUCACUCAGGGUGAUGAUCCCAAGUCCAACGGUCUAGCAGAAAGACUUGUGGGUUGGGUUAAAGCCAGGGCAAGGUUGCAUUUAGCGUCGUCGGGUUUGGGUCUGGAGCAGUGGCCCUCAGCAAUGGCAUUUGCGUGUGCUGAGCACAGAGGCCGGUUGUUGCAAACUGGGGAAAGGUUGCCAAGGUUUGGCCAGAAGGUGAUUUUCAAGAGCAAGCACCCCACUGGUAAGUCUAAGAGACCUUUCUUGCGUUGGGAGCAUGCUGUGUACUUGUGUCCAACACCGCGCACGGAAGGUGGGCACGUGCUCCUUCGUGCAGCUUCAAGUGCCUAUCUAGUUGCCAAGAAUGUUCGGUGUGUGGAGGAAAUGGUGGAUCCAGAAGCUGAGUUUGGAGCUGAACAAGUGGUGGAAGUUGAUCCUCCGGAGCCGGGCUUCGAACACACUCAAGGAGUCUCACCAGGAGUACCAAGUCGACGUGUUACUGGCAAGAGAGCGGCGCGUUCUGUCAAACUUGCCGCAGAGGAUUACGCUGAAACCUUGUUGGAGGGACUGCUGUUUUCGUCCGAUCACUGUGGAAGACUACUCCAGCUAGCGUUUGAGGGAGUUGGAGGAGGAACGCGUCGGGAGCAUCGGGGUCCGAUAGGGUUUUCGGUUAUCUUUGGUGCUUACAGUCACGGUGGCUUGCAAGGGAUUACCAGAGCUAGUCGCAUGUAUCCAAUGGUGUGUCGAUACUUGAACGAGUACUUGUGUCAGUGCUCUCCCAAUCAGCUUGCAGCCAAUGAGUGGUCUUCACUGAUGGUGAUUGUGGCCGAUGAGGUUGCUAUGCACCGUGAUGUGAGAAACGAACCUGGUUCCUUGAAUCAUGUGACACAGUUGACAACCCGUUUGAUGUGGGUUGAAGGGACGUCACCUGUGCUCACAGAAUUGGAACAGCAAGAUGGCAAGAGACGCACUCACAAAGGGUACUUGUUGCCUUUGACACAAGCCACGACUGUGUUUGAUCCUAAGUGUCGACAUGCAGUGCUGCCUGCCACGAAUUGGGUUAUAGCAGGGUACACGCCGUUGGGGUACCAGAAGCUUUCCGCUUUCAAGCAGCACCAGCUGAUCGAGCUCGGGCUUAGGUUACCUUCACUGGAUCGCCCUCCUGCGGUGUGUAAGUUAGUGGGACCUUGCCCUACUAGGUUGCCUGGUAUCCGUGCUAGACCUUAUCCGCCACCUCCAGGCAGAGCGGCGAUGAUGGUGAGGUAUGCAAGGAUGACUGGUGAUGAAUGGGCAGAGCUUUGCCAGUUGGAGGAGGAAGAGUUUGAGCGAAGGAUGGGUCGAUGGCAGCGUGUCCUUGGGGGUCAGGAUGAGGAUCCUAACAUGAACGCCUUGUCGGCAUCAAUUCCUCACCAUCUCUUCAUGCAAACGGUGUUUCGACAAAGGAACUGGAACAGGAAUCCAGAGGUGCUUGUGCCAGGAGCCGAAGGCGAGCCACGCCUGCUUGCACGUGUUUUGGAUUUUGCAGAUGACGGGCCCACCGAAGAGUCCCCGUUCCCCGAUCGCAUGCUCAUGUUUUCGGUGCAUGAUGUGAUCCGAGAUGUUGUCGAAAUGGUGAUCCUUCGUGUGGAAGCAAGGCGACCACCUCAGGAGGAGCAGCGUCAGGAGGAGAUAGGACCAAUUCUUCAACCUCCUGGACCUCCGCCACCGGAAGUUCGUGCUGUGAAGCUUGAGGUCGGAAGGUGUAAUCCCCCCGCUGGACCAUCCAGACUCCCGGUGCAUCUACCUAAUCCCGCGUUCAUCAAGGUCGUUCCUGUACAACCUGCGCCAGUUCCGGAACCCGAAGCCUAUGCGUGCAAGACUGAAGCAACAACCACCAAGGACCUGGAGACAGUGUUGGGCCGGCUGCAAGAGCCAUUGAGUGUGACGCACACUGCAUCGCAAGAGGAGGUUCGCUCCAAUCUUGAAAAAUGGAGGUCGGCCAUAGAGAAAGAACUGGGUUCCUUGAAGAAGCAAGGUGUGUUGAUCAGUCAUCGGGGUCAAGAGGCAAAGGAGCUGAUGGCGAACACAGAUACAACGGUGAUUUCCUUGAAGGGGGUUUUCGCUGCGAAGGCCCCGAGUGGGCCUGAAGAUGGCUUGUUUAAACGCAAGUGUCGGUUGGUGGGAUGUGGCAACCAGGCCACGCAUGUGGAUGCUGAUUCUUUGUACGCAGCCGGAGCACCGGCUGAAGCAGUGAGAGUGGCAUUGACACAGGCGUAUCACCACCAGUGGGCAGCGUUCACCACCGACAUCAAGUCGGCGUUUACUCAAACGCCAAUCCCGGCUCAUGCAGCUCAGCGUUACCUGUUGCGUCCUCCAAGGUGGCUCAUCGACCUCGGACUGGCCGAACCAGGGGAGUACUACUCCCUUGGAAUGGUUCUCUACGGCUUCAAAGAAGCCCCUGCCUGGUGGUCGGACCACCGUGAUGCGAAGCUAAGAAAGGCAGUCUUCGCAGAAUGCCACCUGGAGCAAGGAACGGCAGAUUCGUCAGUCUGGAGAAUCCUGAAAGGAACCGUCUUGAAAGGGUAUCUGGUGACCUACGUGGACGACUUUUUGGUCCUCAGUGAAAGGACCACAGCGCACGCUCUGCAUCAGUGGUUGUUGAGUGAAGCAGGUUGGGAAACCGAUGGGUUGAGCGAGGCACGGCCUGGCCAUCCGGUGAGGUUCUUAGGCAUGCAACUUCAGGGUCAUGAAGAUGGACACUUCAGUUUGGACCAGGAGGCCUACGUUGACGAGCUCAUCCGGGCUUACAAGCUCAGCGAAGCGAACCGGUCAAAGAUUGUGUGUCCUAAAGAAAUCUUGAUGCAUGCACCAGAAACAGUGCAGCCUUUUGAUGAUCAGACGGUGAAGUCUGCUCAGAAGUUGGCAGGCGAAUGCCUAUGGUUGGCACAGCGGUCUCGCAUUGACAUUGCAUUUGCGACUACAGUUCUGUGUUCGAAGGUUUCGAAGGACCCUCAUGGAGCCAUCGCAAUUGGGCAACGAAUGAUGUCGUAUCUGCACCACACCAAGGACUUCAAGCUUCAUUUGAAGCCCACAGAGGGUGUAGCUCCUUUGAGAGUCUUCACUGACGCAUCGUUUGCUGGGGCAGCAUUCCUACGAUGGGCACAUCAUCGAAGUGUCUGGUGUUCCGGUGCUCUGGAAGGCAUCCAAACAACCUUUGAUUUCUCUGAGUUCUUCAGAG